AGGUGGAGGCGGAGUCCCGCACGUCCUGCGCUAGCUGGUGGGCGCAUGCGCAGCGCGGGCUCUCCCUGGGGCCGGGCAAAGUAGAGGUACCUGGUAUUCAGGCGAAAACUGGCAUAAAUCUUAAAUCGUUCUUUCCACACCACCUCCAAUUCAUCAACAAAUCCUGUACGCUCUACAUUCAAAUAUAUCCAGAAUUCGACCCCUUCCACUGUUAUCACUCCAAGCGAUGGUCCAAGCCACCGUCUUCUCUGCCAGGAUUAUGGCCUUGUGAAGUUUAUGCUUAUGUUUGAUGGGAAUACUAUCACCAUAUGAAGUUGAACAUGACAGAAGAAGAGGACUAUAUGUCUGAUUCCUUCAUUAAUGUCCAGUAAGUAAAUGUGCACACCAAAUGCCAUGAAACGUGUAGACUGUGAAGCAGUGUCACUGAUUUUAAAUGUGCGGUUGGAAAGUUAUUCUUACUGCUUUAUGGAAACAUCUCACACAAAGAGAAGAUGUCAGACCAGGAUUGCCCAUGCUGAGGCAAAUCCGGGAAGCCCGUCGAAAAGAAGAAAAGCAACAAGAAGCUAAUUUGAAAAAUAGGCAGAAGAGUUUAAAGGAAGAAGAACAAGAAAGACGUGACAUUGGGUUGAAGAAUGCACUAGGCUCUGAAAACAAAGGGUUUGCUUUGCUCCAAAAAAUGGGAUAUAAAAGUGGUCAGGCUCUUGGAAGGAGUGGAGAUGGUAUUGUUGAACCAAUUCCUCUCAAUGUCAAAACAGGGAAAAGUGGCAUUGGUCAUGAAGCAUCAUUAAAACGGAAAGCAGAGGAAAAAUUAGAAAGUUAUAGAAGAAAGAUUCACAUGAAAAAUCAAGCUGAAGAAAAAGCUGCAGAACAAUUUAGAAUGCGACUUAAAAAUAAGCAAGAUGAAAUGAAGCUAGAAGGAGACCUGAGAAGAAGCCAGAGAGCCUGUCAACAAUUGGAUACCCAGAAGAAUAUUCAGGUUCCCAGAGAGGCAUGGUACUGGUUGAGGCCUGAAGAGGAGACUGAAGAGGAAAAGGAAGAAAAAGAACAAGAUGAAGAUGAAUAUGAGAGUGAUGAUUUAACUGUACUGGAAAAAUUACAAAUAUUGACUAAUUAUUUAAGAGAAGAACAUUUGUAUUGUAUUUGGUGUGGAACAGCCUAUGAAGAUAAAGAAGACCUGUCUUCAAAUUGCCCGGGACCAACUUCUGCAGAUCAUGACUAAGAUUAUUCCCAAUAAAGUGGAAACUGUUUAUACCACUAAGGAAAAGGAGCCUUUACUUAAUGCUUUAUUCUUUUGUGCUUUAGAAAUACUUUGUACUUUAAAAUAUAAUUGUUCACUGACUUGAAAAAAAUAAUGUAAUACUACUCAGAACACAAAUAUCAUAGACAUGGACAAUUACAAUUUAUGGCUAUAUUGUGAUGCUUGUGGCAUUUAAGGACACUGACAGGUAAUUUUCUUAUUCCCCUCUUCACUUUUGAACAAACUAAGAAGUAAGAUACAGGAGUCAGAGGGAGACCAAAAUGUCAGCUUUAUCAGCCAUGAAACUGAAAGAGAGAACAAGGUUGGCUUUUUCUCUAUGAGGCCUCCUAAUUUUACUCCUUGAUUAGAGAGAACUGCAGUCCUCUUCUUGGUAGGGGCAGAGCCCACUUUGUGUUCUUUGACCAAUUGGUUCCAACUGACCAACAUGCUCAGUUCUUUAUCCAGUAUCACCUGUCAGAUAAGACACUUCUCUUGUGGGAAGGGAUGAAUGAAGGUUCAGAGACCUUGUUUCCUUAUUUCUCUCUCCCAAGGAACAAGAAGUUCUCUUCUCCAAACCAGGAGGAAAAGGAAGAGGGUAAGACUGGCAUCACAGGCAAUCCUCCAUUAGCACUACUAAAUUCUGAUAAUUUUGGAGACAAAGUAGUUUUGUUGUUUCUGGUUCAAGUGAGUUUUCAUGGCAAGGGAUAUGCAAUGCAAGUGAUCUGUUACAAGUGUUAUCUAAAGAAACUUUAAGAAUUGGCAGGAACCUUAAAUUUCAUGUGUUCCUCCUACACUGAAUUUGGAAACUCCUGGUCAGCAUUCCCAGCAAGUGGUAAUCCAGUCUCUACCUUUAUUCUACCAGCUAUAGAGUACUCACUGCUUUAAAACAUUCCACUGAGCUGGGAAUAUGGCUCAAGUAGUAGCUCGCUUGCCUGGCA